GGGCGGCGCGAGGCGGCGCGAGGCGGCGCGGGAGCCAUGAGCGGGCGUCUGAGCGAGGGGGCCAUUGCGGCCAUCAUGCAACAGGGAGAUUCUCCUGAAAAACCUAUUCUCCAAGUCAUUAACAUCCGGGCCAUAUCUACGGGGAAUGGCCCCAACCGUUACCGACUCCUCAUGAGUGAUGGAUUGAACACUCUCUCCUCUUUCAUGUUGGCAACCCAGUUGAACUCUCUGGUUGAAGAAGAACGCCUGUCCACAAACUGCAUCUGCCAGAUUAACCGGUUCAUCGUGAACUCCCUGAAAGAAGGAAGGAAAGUGAUUAUAUUGAUGGAUUUGGAAGUUCUGAAACUUGCCGAAGAAGUUGGAGGGAAGAUUGGCAACCCGGUGCCGUACAAUGAAGGGGCCGGGCAACAGCAAACAACUCCAGCUCCGGGCCCCACUGCCAUUCCACCAGCCAGCAAGCCUCAGCAGCAGAAUGGAAGCUCAGGAUUGGGUUCAGCGGGAACAAAGAGCUAUGGGCCUGCAAAGUCAUUCGCUAAAACUGGAAGCAGUAAUUUAUUGAAUACGCCCGGUGGAUCUCAUUCCAAAGUGGUCCCCAUAGCCAGUCUAACCCCAUACCAGUCCAAGUGGACCAUUUGUGCUCGAGUUACUAAUAAAAGUCAGAUCCGCACCUGGAGCAACUCCCGAGGGGAAGGCAAGCUAUUCUCGAUAGAGUUGGUUGAUGAAAGUGGGGAGAUUAGAGCUACUGCUUUCAACGAUCAAGCUGACAAGUUUUUCCCUCUUAUUGAAGUGAACAAGGUGUACUAUUUCUCCAAAGGCAGCCUGAAAAUUGCUAAUAAGCAAUUUACAGCCGUUAAAAACGACUACGAGAUGACCUUCAAUAACGAGACUUCGGUCGUGCCCUGCGAAGAUGCCCACCAUUUACCCACAGUUCAGUUUGACUUCACCGGGAUUGGUGAUCUGGAAAACAAAUCUAAAGACUCCCUUGUAGACAUCAUCGGCAUCUGCAAGAGCUAUGAGGAGGCCAAUAAAAUCACAGUAAAGUCAAACAACAGGGAAGUGUCCAAGAGGAACAUCCACUUGAUGGACAUGUCGGGGAAGUUGGUGACUGCUACGUUGUGGGGGGACGAUGCCGAGAAAUUUGAUGGCUCUAGGCAACCGGUGAUGGCCAUCAAAGGAGCCAGAGUCUCUGAUUUUGGAGGGCGGAGCCUGUCCGUCCUAUCUUCGAGCACCGUCAUCAUGAACCCUGAUAUUCCGGAAGCCUUUAAGCUUCGAGGAUGGUUUGACUCAGAAGGAAAGGGUCUAGAUUGCAUUUCAAUCUCCGAUCUGAGGAGCGGAGGAGGCGGUGGGGGAAGUAGUACCAACUGGAAGACUUUGUAUGAGGUUAAAGCUGAGAACCUGGGCCAUGGCGAUAAGGCUGAAUAUUUUAGCUGCGUGGGCACAGUGGUAUACCUGCGCAAAGAGAACUGCAUGUACCAGGCCUGUCCCUCUCAAGACUGCAAUAAGAAAGUGAUAGACCAGCAGAAUGGGCUGUACCGCUGUGAGAAGUGUGACUGUGAAUUUCCCAACUUCAAGUACCGCAUGAUCUUGUCGGCCAACAUUGCUGAUUUUCAAGAGAACCAGUGGGUGACUUGUUUCCAGGAGUCUGCCGAAGCCAUCUUGGGGCAAAAUACUAUGUUUCUGGGAGAGUUGAAAGAGAAGAACGAGCAGGCAUUCGAAGAAGUGUUUCAGAAUGCCAACUUCCGUUCCUACGUGUUCAGGAUCCGGGUCAAGCUGGAGACUUACAAUGACGAGUCUCGAAUAAAGGCAUCGGUCAUGGACGUGAAGCCCGUGGACCACCGUGAAUACGGCAAGCGGUUGAUUGCCAAUAUCAGGAGAAACGCGGCACAGAUGAUGUGAGAAGGAUGGAGCCGAUUGGGUGGAAGUUGGAGACCGCGUAGAAUGAUAACGCAAGAGCUGGAGCAAAACUGAUUCCCCCCACCAAGGGGGUGACAGUCUGACAUCAAUUACCCGGCACAUAGUGGUCCUUGUGUGGUGGACUGAGCAGUAUCCUCCCUCUUAAUGUGUACUCUAUAUGCCUUGUGUAUAGGACCGAAUACUUAGAUGGCACUAGGGUUAAACCAUUUCAGACCUCGGGAAGGAGGGUGUGGUGGGUGUCGAAUUCCUGAUAGUCCCCUCCACCCUCAGGCUUUUGUCUUUUUUUUUUUAAGAUUUUGUUGCCUUUAAGCUGGAUAUAUGUCAGAAAUAAUUAGCUGUAUAUGUGAAAACGAAACUAAGUCGUGUAACCAGCGUUGACUUCUUUGGAAUUUGGGUUUUUUUCUAGGGAAGCCAGCAGAAAAACGGUCACACGGCAAGCUGACGUAGACUAGGCCCUGGCUAUAUACUACAAGUGUUCCUCCCUAGAAUCCAAAGGCUUUCUCCUUCUAGAAGUGCCCACACCUGGUAUUAAUGCUUGGAAUGGCAAUAUGGCAGAAUUAUUAAUCAAAGCCGUAUCUUUGAUAUCUGAAGAAUUUCCUUCCUCGAGGGCUUAAUAGACAGAGUCAGAUGGGUCUGAUAUUAAUUCAAAUCGUCUCUUCUGAAGAAGGUUGAUAAGCAGUGACACUGUCCCCCCGGGGAAAUCAAGGCGACUACAAAGCUUUGCUUUAGUUUUCAUUUCAAUUAAUAUUGUGUUUUAGGUUGAUGAUUAAACCCCGUGUCCUACCUGUACAUAUUUCUCGCAUUUGUAAUUGUAUCCUUUUUGGAGUUUUGUUAGGAGCUAUGUUAACAGAAAGAUAAUUUUAAAGGGGGGAAAAGCCCUUCGUUUCCAUUGAUUUAUUUCAAUAAACGGAAUAUUUAGUUCUCUG